UGUUGAGGGCGAGCCCGACAGGAAGUGAGGGAGUUUGCCUUGUGUUCAUCAGAGUUUUAUGGCUGUCUAAGUUUAGAUGUUGGCUCAAACUCAGCCUCUCAAGUAGCAAUGCUUGUGGGUCAGCACAACCGCUCCACAUGGUGACAGAAACAGACGGAAACAGCACUCACAGUAAACUUUCAGGGGGAGACAAUCACGCCAUUGAGAGCCAUGAGGGUACCGUACUUUGAUUCCAGAUACAACAUAAAAUGAAUAAUCACAACUAGCAGACAACACAACUGAGGUCAGGAAUUUUCAACCUUGCUAUUCCUCUUGGACACAUCAGUGUCACGACCGACAAUGAAAGAUGAGGCAGAGCUUAGGGACCUUUCCGGAUCUUCAGCGCAGCAGAUUCCACAUUUUCUGCAAGAUGUCGUCUUCCAUGGCAAAUUUGAGCUGCUGAAGAGUCUCACCCCAGAGGAAAAUAGCCAUUGUCAACGCGGCCUCUACUUUCAAGAUGGUCAACGGCACGUGGACUACGUUCUUACCUACGCUUUGAAAAAAUCGUCUCCCAGACGUUCCAUUCGCUACUCAACACAUUUGCUGAUGGAAAAUGCUGUUGCCCGCAGUCUGCGCCGUGGCCAUCAGCCCUCAUCUACUGAAAAAGGCUCUUUAUCGUCACAAACCUCAACGCUAUCUAAUGUGGAGCUACACUCUCCAGGAGAGCACUUUAGUGGCCAAGAGGAUCAAAAAAACUUCAGGAGAGAGGAGUUUGAAGGGAAACUUCGAGAUAUGGGCCUGGAACUGGAGAUGGAUGAGGAUUCCAAGAUUCUAGGUGUGGGCUUUGUGAAAAUUCAUGCUCCUUGGAAUGUUCUUUGUCGAGAGGCAGAGUUCAUGAAGCUUAAGAUGCCCACCAAAAGGGUAUAUGAAGUAAAAAAGUCAAGCAGUGUGAUAGAGAAGCUUAAUCUACUCGUCAGUAAAGUUCUUGAGACUCUUCAUCCUCAUGUUGAGGAGCCCCAACCGAAGAACAUCAAACACCUGUCACACACUUUCUCCAGGGAAAAGCAGCACCUGUUUGACCUUUCAGACAAGGAUUCCUUUUUUGACAGUAAAACCAGGAGCUCAAUCGUUUAUGAAAUACUAAAGAGGACUAAAUGCAAGGCCAAAUACAACAUGGGUAUCACCAGUCUCCUCGGUAGUGGUGUGUAUACAGCUGCUUAUCCUCUCCAUGAUGGAGACAUUGAUGAAGAGAGUGCAGAGCAAAAUGACAGAAAACUAUUGUAUGAGGAGUGGGCAAACUACAGCGUCUUCUACAAGUACCAGCCCAUUGGACUAGUGAGAAAAUACUUUGGAGAGAAGAUUGGACUGUACUUUGCUUGGUUGGGACUGUACACCCAGAUGCUGAUACCUGCUUCUCUGGUGGGAGUCAUAGUCUUUCUGUAUGGAUGUGCAACAGUCGAUGACAAUGUACCAAGCAUGGAGAUCUGCCACCAAAAAAACAAUAUCACCAUGUGUCCUUUGUGUGAUAAAGUGUGCAGCUAUUGGAAGCUGAGUUCUGCUUGUGGAACUGCAAGAGCCAGUCACUUAUUCGACAACCCAGCUACCGUAUUCUUCUCUAUUUUCAUGGCUCUUUGGGCCGCCAUGUUCAUGGAGCAUUGGAAGAGGAGACAAAUGAGGCUAAAUUAUGAAUGGGACCUUACCGAGUUUGAAGAUGAGGAGGAAGCACUCAAGGACCACCCCAGGGCUGAAUAUGAAUUCCAAGUCAUGCAGAAGUCUUUAAGCAGAAAUUGCAAAAUGCAAUACAAGAUGGAAAAACUGACAUGUCGAGAUCGCCUUCCUGCCUACAUGACAAAUGUUGUCACAAUGUUGUCCAUGAUCGGUGUUACCUUUGCCAUUGUAUUUGGUGUCAUCCUGUAUCGGAUCUCCACAAAAGCUGCUCUUCAGAUGAGCUCCAAUCCAGUGACACGGAACCAUGUCCAACUUACUGUCAAAACAACAGCAGCCAUUAUCAACCUUGUGGUCAUCCUUAUACUGGAUGAGGUGUAUGGAGCUAUGGCACGAUGGCUCACUGUGUUAGAGGUUCCGAAAACAGACAAGAAUUUUGAGGAGAGACUCAUAUUUAAGACCUUCAUUCUGAAGUUUGUCAAUGCUUUCACACCAAUCAUCUACAUUGCUUUCUUCAGGGGAAGGCUGGUCGGCCGACCAGGCAACUAUUUGUAUGUUUUUGAAUCCUACCGAAUGGAAGAGUGUACUCAUGGAGGCUGUCUGAUGGAGUUGUGUAUACAGCUGAGUAUCACCAUGUUGGGAAAACAGCUGAUUCAGAACAACCUUUUUGAGAUUGGAAUACCCAAGCUAAAGAAGCUUAUUCGCUACAUCCAGUCAAAGCAAGGCACUUUUCAAGAGGAAGAGAGGCAGAAGUUGCAGAGAUAUGAAACCGACCAGUUUCUGGAGCCAUUUUCAGGAUUAACACCUGAAUAUAUGGAAAUGAUUAUCCAGUUUGGUUUUGUCACGUUAUUUGUGGCAUCUUUCCCCUUGGCUCCAUUGUUUGCUCUGCUCAACAACAUAAUUGAAAUACGACUUGAUGCAAAGAAGUUUGUGACUGAGUUGCGAAGACCCGUGGCAGCAAGAGCCAAAGACAUUGGUAUAUGGUACAACAUCCUGAGAGGAGUUGCCAAAGUGGCUGUCAUUAUCAAUGCAUUUGUCAUCUCCUUCACUUCAGACUUCAUACCCCGGAUGGUCUACCAGUACAUGUACAGUCCUGAUGGGACCAUGCAUGGAUUUGUCAACCAUACUCUGUCCUAUUUCAAUGUCAGCAAUUUCCAGGAUGGAAAAGAGCCCAUGGAUCCAAUGCAACUUGGUUAUGCAGUUGAGAUAUGCAGAUACAAGGACUACAGAGAACCACCUUGGUCAACUACUCCGUAUGAGAUUUCAAAGGAAUUCUGGGCAGUACUGGCUAUUCGGCUCGCCUUUGUCAUUAUUUUUCAGAAUGUUGUCAUGUUGAUGAAUGACCUUGUGGACUGGCUCAUCCCAGAUAUUCCAAAAGACAUCAGCCUCCAGAUCCACAAGGAGAAGAUCUUAUUGGUAGAGCUAUUCAUGAAAGAAGAGCAAGGGAAGAGCAUCAAUCUUGAGAACUGUGCCUCUGAAAUGAACAAGUGCAGCAGGAGCAACAACACAACAACACAACUGUAUAUGGACUCCCAAAUUCACACCCAUCAGCACACCUUGUUGUGAAAUUAGUCAAAAGCCGGGUACACACAAAAAGCUGAUCAGGCUUUUUUUUUUUUUAAAUUCCGAUUUUGGCCCUUUGUGACCAAGGACCUCAAAUGCCUUCGAGCAGGGGUCAGGAACCUUAUGGCUCUUUUGAUGAUUACAUCUGGCUCGCACAUAAAACAAAAUGUUCUGUCUUGUUUAAUCCUUCCAUCAAUUUUUUACUGCUCAUUUCCUGUUCACGGCUGCUGUUGACUCCAGGAGCAAUUUUGAUUGGAUAAUCCUGGACUACGUUGGCCGUUGCUGCGGAAACAGGUAAACGCCCCCUGUUGAAUCAGCCUGCUCGGUCAUUAGCUCAAAGCUAAUCCUAAACGAAUAAGAUGGCAAAAAGAAAAAAAGAUAACGAGUCUGGUAGACUUCAGGAUGAAUGGACCGAAGGAUUCGCCUUUGUGGAGAGAACAGAUUCUGUGGUGUGUCUAAUUUGCUAUUAACUCUCUGUAUGUAAUGCAUACAGUUCACUUUUAUGUCAGGUUUUUAAUCCGAGUUGAGUUAGUCUUCCAAAGCAUGUUAAUAGCUUUAAUCACAUAUAGUUGUUCCGAGUAUUAGUAUGUUCAUCAUUAUCAUUAUCACGAUUAGCAUUAGCGGGACUCUAAACUUUAAUAUUAUGAUCACGUCAUUAUGAACUGCAGUAAAUUGCUGACAUUCAAGUAUUCAUCCAAACUCUUAUGCACAUUGUGUGUGUGUGUGUGUGUGUGUUUAUCUAUAUCUAAAUCUAUAUCUAGAUAUAGAUUUAGAUAUAGAUAUAUAAAAUCCUCGUCUCACCCCUCGGGUGGUGUCCGUCCCUCAUUCAGCUCGGGUCCUCUACCAGAGGCCAGGAAGCUUGAGGUUUCUGUGCAGUAUCCUUGCUGUUCCCAGCACUGCGCUUUUCUGGACUG